AUGAUGCCCUGCAACAGCAAAGCGCAAAACUUGUCCAAGGAUGGGGGGAGCUUUCAGGAAUACGAGCCUAUCACGGAAAUAGACGAAGAUCAUGUCCGAUACAUGUAUUCGACCGAGAACCAAGAUGCCUUAGCAAACGAAAGGGAAACAUUAAGGCUAGGCGACAGUCCAAAUGAUCCUGACCGGCGGCACUGGAGAGAAGGACUUUUGGAGCAUGACGGACUUAUGGAAGACCUCAGCAUCUCCUCGCCUCAACAAACUCCUUCGGUUCUGUCUUCGCUGGAGUAUCUCGGAAGGCCGGCUGCAUUGGACAUUUCAGUAGAGGAGAAGGCGCUUGUGCAUGAAGACCCGACGUGGCGCCCGGCCUGGCUGCGUCCUUUCGUUCUCGCCACUUUUGCAGGGCUCUUCUCAUGUGCUGCCGUCGCCCUCCUCAUCAUGUUAUGCUAUUCCCAUAAGAACGAUGGAUUGUUCAGGACUGGGUCCACAUUAACAUUUUGGUGGAAAUUUGGUCCGACCGCUGUGCUUACCCUUGUGGCGGGCCUUUGGACCAGAGUUGAGCUUCAGUCUCAAAUAUACAUGCCCUGGAUUGUUCUACGCCAGGAGGAGCACGACGGUGGUAAUGGCUACGACCUUGACUAUACGUCAAUGAUGACACCGGCUCUCCUCUAUCACUCACUCCGUCGGAAGCAUUUCCUAGUGUUUUCGACAGCACUAGUAUCUCUCCUUCUCAAGAUUCAGGUAGUCCUAAUGCCAGGUUUGCUCCAUCCUGGGCAGGCUCAGGUUUCAGGGUCAACUCCUGUGCAAGUUUUAGACGCUUUCAGGGCGGGCGUUCUCUGGGCGACCGGCGAAGACUUGGGAACUGAGGAUGAGGCUCUAUCGGAAUAUAGAAGCUUCAAUACUUACUAUACCGCUCGAGCCAUCAAAGACUAUAACUUGAGUUACCCAUUCGGUCUGACGGGCGAUGCAGCUUUUCAACUCUUUGUGCCGAGAGGCAGUCCGAAUGCGCCCAUUACGGUCCGCGUAGAUGGCUUUUUCACAGAUAUGCACUGCCUGAAGCUCGAAACCUUUGAGGUACAACGAGCGACCGACCCCAUGCGUCUUGGCUUUAUCCUCAAUUUUGAGGGGUGCCUUGACGUACCGAUCGAGCUCCAGAAAUAUGAAGGGAGUAUCUGGGGCCUCUGCACUCCGCUGAAUGAUGAUCGGCCGUGUCGGAGUCUUCCUCAAGAAAAUCUGCAAUACGUAUUCUCGACUGGCACGCUAGAAUCGCCAUCUAUACAAAAAUGGUCGCAGCAGAAUGUUAAGGUUGUUGCAUUUGCAGCUGUUAUUUGCUCUCCAACUGCCUGGACUUCGGAGGUUGAAGUUGUGGACAACGGAAUCAGCACUGAGCUUAAGAAAUUGGAAGACCAGUCUCAGACGCCGCUUGACGUUGCCGUCUGGACUAUGCUGGAUAUUUCCAUGCCUAUUACGUUUGAGCCUAAUUUUGAUUUUUCUCUUUACUCAUCAGACGAGAAGGGUGAUUUCGGGUACGGACCGGCUGGAGUAUGGGCGCAUCUUCAAAACGAAGCUACAGAUGGCCGGACUGGUAUUUUGAACACAACCGAUGCGCUGUACGAUUCCAUGAUUGGCCUGACCAGAAAGCUUGGUCCCAUAGCUGGUCACUAUUGUCUCCGUCACAAUGAGAGCGCGGAGAUCAUGGGUGAUGAACGCAGGCAAGUUGUGAAAUUGAAGGUUGUAGGCUGGAUUGGAUACUCCAUGGUGGUGGUCUUCGCUCUUAUCGCGUCAAUCAACAUCUUCGUCUUCAUUCGAUAUAAUCAGUGCACAAAGGUAUGGAACAGAGAUCCCGCAACAGUUCUCGGGAGCAUACUUUUCUUCCAGGCACACCAGCAACUCAUCGACCAGAAGAUACGCUUCGACGAAAAGCACACAGAUUCCUGGCAGUAUCAAAGCGGGUCUGUACCAGUCACGUUGAGAAAAUUGGUGCAGACGGCUUUCAGUAUUGUCGUUAUCGUUAUGAUUGCAACUGUUCUGUACACCUCAAAGUUAUCAAACGCGAACAUUGGGCUGCUUCCCAUAGAGAAUGACAAUCACCUGCUCUGGACUUCGUUACCGACGCUGAUCGUGCUGGGUAUUGCACUAUAUACGACAUCAUUCAACUCAUCACUGAGAGGCUUAUUCGUCCUUCACAUCCUCUCCAAGGGACCUUGUUCUUCGCAACAACUGGACAUCACGCUCUUAGACAUGCUUGGGCCACAGGCUCUGUAUUCAGCGACUCGGCGGAAGGCUUGGCUCAUCUCGCUUUCACAAUUCUUGGCAAGCCUCUGUGCUUUUCUAACAACCAUCGCCUCGACCCUGUUCACAGCCGAGUAUAUUCAAGAACGCGUAGAAUUCAAACUCAAACAGCAGAGCGUGUUCGGUAACAGACCGUUGAAGUCUGGAGAACAGCAUUAUUGGAACAAUCGAGUAUCUGUAGGAAGCCUGGUGUUACAGAAAGGAGAGAACCUCACAUACCCGGAGAACACAUUUGGUGAUCUUGCGUUCCCUAGCAUCGGCAAUCUGCCACCUUCAAUCGCUGGACUGGAUCGAAUGGCCGAAGGCACCCAUAUCGAAAUGUACCUACCGGCAGCGACACUGAUGGCAAGCUGUGAAAACCACAGCCAAGCGCUCAGCAUCGCUAAUACAACAGAUGGCCGGGAUGUAGAGUUCGAAGUGCGCAUACCAGUCACCUGCUCUAAUGGAACGUCCGAUAUCAUGAGAUGUAACGUGAUCGGCUUGCGGCCUUCUCAAUACCAUGGAGAGCCACGCAUUGUCUAUGCCAAAAGUCUGGGGUUCGGGCUGGAUGAGUAUUCACUUUGUGGCGUUGAGUCCUCCAGUGACGACGACGCCUUAGUUUCUGCACCUUCGAUAACUCAAGUCUAUUUUUGGGGAGUUUUCGACACGCAGAAAUCUGAUUUCAGUUUGCUGCAAGCCUGGCAGUGCCAGUACUCAUGGGCAAAGGUCAUGGUAUCUGUCGACAUGAUUUCUACUCAGGGCAAGCUCGUCAUAAACCACAACAAUCCUCCACGACCCAAUCGCUCGACUUUAGUUCCAUGGGAAUCUUCGCUUCUUGUGCCCUUUCUUGAACCUGAUGAUGAUGGAGCAUCGCAUGUGUACGGUAGCGCUUUCCCCAAUGUGGAAUCCACGCUUAAACCACUAGCUCCAUCGUCCCAAGCCUUCAACAUCCUGCUUCCGCCUUAUGGAAAGGUUUCCUUCGAAGGUUUCAGUGAUUUGAAGCAGAGUUGGGACAUUGUAGAAGCAUUGAACUACGAUCGCGCUCUUCUAAGCGCACAGCUUCUCAACCUCGAAAAUCGACUAGGUGUAGAGGAAAUGCCAUCCGAGGAAUUGGAGCUACUGAACGCAGUCCUUAUCAACAAUAACGCUAAGCGACUCUUUCAAAACCCAACAUCGACGUAUCUUCUCGUGGGAAUUCUGAGUAUUGUUGGAACAGUCCAUAUUUUCAUGCUGCUUUCAUCGGUCUUACGACGAUUCACGACUUGGCGGAGGGGACUGCUCGAUAUGGAUGUCAAAGGCCUGGCCCCCGAUGGGUUUAGCAGCAUCGCGAUGAUGGCUGCUCUUCUGGACUCUUCGAAAUUUGAGAAGCAUGUCCCUGAAGACUCUCAUAAGUUAUCGAAGGAAGACCUUUACGACAGGCUGUCAUCUAUGCGCUUUCGCAUGGGCUGGUUUCGAAGAGAGUCUGAUCGAACGAUGCACUUUACUGUCGGGGUUAUGGACGAUGAUGACUUCAGAUUCGUGGGCAAUAAGGAGGACGUGGGCGAUGAAGACAUCAACAAGCAAGAUGUGGACAGCUCAGACGUGGAUCGCCAAGACAUGGAUAGCGAGGGCACUUUGGAAGGCGAGGAAAGAUCAGAGAUUGAGAGGACAGGCAGGCCUGUUUCCACAGCCUAG